UCAACUACAAUGUUAGGACAUUACCCAAACGUGGAGAAAUCGCAGCUGGUCAGCUAUGUUGAGGAUUACCUCGAAUGUGUUGAGUCUUUGCCUUUGGACAUUCAGAGGAACGUUUCAUUGCUUCGAGAAAUAGACACAAAGUACCAAGAGGUGCUGAAAGAGGUGGAUGAAGUGUAUGACAAAUACAAACGGGAGACUGAUGGAGCCCAGAGGAAGAGGCUCAUGAUCCAGCUGCAGCGGGCUCUGAUCAGCAGUCAGGAGCUGGGAGAUGAGAAGAUCCACGUGGUCACUCAGAUGAUGGAGGUGGUGGAGAAUCGCUCCCGUCAAAUGGACGCCUACUCCUCCAGCUUCCCCGAGGUGGGCGAACCGGAGCGCGCCUCGGAGAAGACGCGGCACGACGUCGGGGGCCCGUCGGCCAACGCCGCUCCCGAGCGCUCGUCGUCGCGACGACCGAGGCGUCAGCGCAACAGCGAGAGUCGCGACUCCUGCCACGGCGCCAACGGCGCUCUGGAGGACCCGGGUGAGGAGCCAGCGGUGGCGCAACCCAGAGAGAAAAAGUCGAAAUCGGCCAAGAAGAAGAAGCGUAAGGUCAAGCAGGAGCGCGAAGCCUCGCCCGUUGAGUUCACCAUCGACCCGAACGAACCCACCUACUGCUUAUGCGAGCAAGUGUCAUAUGGCGAGAUGAUUGGCUGCGACAACGAGCAAUGUCCAAUCGAGUGGUUCCAUUUCUCCUGCGUUGGACUCACCUACAAACCCAAGGGUAAAUGGUACUGCCCGAAAUGCAGGGGUGACAAUGAAAAGACCAUGGACAAAAGCUCAGACAAGCCCAAGAAGGACAGACGGUCCAGGUAG